GAAUCAUUUCAGAUGGGCAAGAACAAGCACCUUCAAUACUCACAAAGCCCAUUGAAUUCAUCAAGCCAGCGAUGGAUAAGGCUAUUCUCUAGAAAUACGUCAUAUAUGAUCAUAAUGUGCAGGGUCAUAAUGUCCUCAAUGUUUGCCCCAAUGUUCUACUGUCUGCUCUUCUUCCAUGUACAAGCAACAGUGUUUGGGUCAACUGACAUUUAUAUUGGAGGCUUCAUUGCUGAGGGUACAUUUGAACUGAAUAUAACUUUACAAAACAUAGAGGACGCAUAUGACAAUGGAACUGAAAUUAAGGAAGCAGUACUUCUUGCAGAGUGUGAGACAUUUGAAAAUAAAUCAACAUGCCAAUGCAAGGAGAGUGGGGGUGUCUGGAGUGGACAGGUGUGUCAGGACUACCGAUGUUGCAUCCUAGCAGUCAAUGGAUCAGCCGUUGUUAGUGGAGAGUUUAAAAUUGAUAAUAUUACAUCCAAUGCAGAUCUGCAAAAUUUGCUAAACAUGUAUUUGUAUCAUUUAAUGGAGCCAACUGGAAAAAUUACAGGUGUGGUGGAAGUGGCAGAAUGCGUGGGCAGCGGGAAUGAAACCAAAUGUGGGUGCAAGUCCGAUCAUAUCUGGAAUAGCACUGUGUGUGCAGACCACCCACAAUGCUGUAACAAUGCCGAGUGCCAGGCAGACGUCUCGAACUACACACCUUUGUGCCUCCCCAAAGUAAACGUUGAACUGACAGGGGAAAUAAAAUCCAAAUCCAAAUCCAAAAAGAGCGCAAUUUGGGGAUUAGACAGCAGCCUUGAAAACAUGCUAAAUAGCACCUUUCAAAAAAUGAGUGGAUAUGGUGGUGAUGUGUCCGUAAAUGUGAGCUCUGACAGUCUGAGUGCUGUAUUCAGUGUGACACUCAAUGCAGUGUUUCAGACUGCUCAACUUCAAAAGCUGAUCAAUGACCUGCAGGUCAAAUUGACUGCCGACAUAACGGUUGAAUCAGAAGGAAUUGUUGAAAUAAAACUAUCUGACAAAGAACAAUAUGAAUUGAGCUGUGAUCUAGAGGACGAAAUGAAAGUGUGCAGCUGGUCAUUGAAGAAUAAAGACAAUAAGGAAAUGGUUGUUGGGGAGGGAACCGAAACCGAAAUCAGAUGUCCCUCUCCAUGCUACAACACCAUGCUGGUGCUGGAAAAAAAUGCUAGGGCAGGUUGGUACACUUGCCGUUUAACCAGUGACUCAAUUUCACAUAAGGCCUCUGUAAAAUUGAACAUACCAGAGCCCCCUGUUAUCAUCAUGAAAAGUAAACCACAGACUGCAGACUGCACAGAAGGCCUAGAGAGCAUCAAUGUCAGUUGUAAAAUGGCAAAUGAUUUCAACUUUACUUUAUCCUGUCCUGAUAAUGAUGUUAAAACAGGAAAUGCAGAGGAAUCCCUGAUUGUGGACAUCCCCUGUAAAGAUAAACUUGAUUCUCUUAAAUGUACCUGUAAUGUCACCUAUUAUGAUGAAACAUAUUCUCAAAAUCUAGAAGUCCCCGUCUUAAAAUCUGGGGACCGUUUCUGUGUGAGUGAGAAUGGAUGGCCAAAAACAAAGGUAGGUUCGACAGCCACUCAAAGCUGUGGUCCAGAAAGAGUUGGGAAUAAAAGCCGCACAUGUGAUGAAAAUGAAGACUGGGGCAGCGUGUUCAACUACUGUGUUAGGAAGGAUGUAGAUAAUCUGCUCAAAUCAGCAAUGGACAUUGCCAAGGGAUAUGGAAACACCCCUGAGGAAGUUGGCAACAUUUUUUCUGUUAUGACUAAUGUCACCAAUCUUGAAUAUGAAGCAACGCUGGCGGAUGUGGAAGCCUUUAUUAACACUCUGGGUGCAUUGAACACUGCAACGUCCAACAUUGAAGUAAUAGGUGAUUCAGUUAUGACUGAUUUUAUAGAGUCAGCAACCAAUGUUUUGUCUAUGGAUUGGAGUGGUGGCAAUAAAACAUACAAAGAGAAUCUGUCUGCAAACUACCUGCAAUCUGUUGAGGGACUGCUGCAAAACAUCCAAGUGAACCAGAGCUCAGGAUACAACACCACACUCAUGCAAUUCCAAGUUCGACAAAAAGACAUCAAGUACCCUAGAACCAUCUUUGAUAUCAGUCUGCGGCUGUCCACUUCAGCAAGCCAGGCCAAAAUUUUGGCAAUUAAGAACCUAAGUGAACUGCUACCCAAUCGUUUUCUGGACACCGAGAGCAGUAGUAUAGUGGUGGCCGUUGCUCUACAAAGCAACAAGAGCGAACCCUCAGGCAUCAACCUGGAGUUUCCUCUGAAGAAGAAAAAGCCACGAAACCAUGAGAUAAUCUGCGUGCGGUGGCAGAACAGCAUGUGGGACAAAGAAGGCUGUGAGUGGAAGCCACGGAAUAACUCUCAUGCAACGUGUGACUGCUACCUCAAGGGAGGGGAGACCAUGACUGGGAACAACUCCAAGGUGAGCACCAGGGUGAGAAUGUCCCUUUCGACGCUCAUGUCCAAGUCCCCCAUUGAGCUGCCCGGCCUUGAAGAGAUCACCUUAGCUGGGCUCGGUGCCUCAAUCUGUUGCCUAGUCAUCUUCGUAUUUGUGGAGUGUCUCGUAUGGAAGGCUGUCACCAAGACAGACAUUGCAUUUUUCCGUCACACGGCGCUGGUCAACAUAGCCACGUUCCUUCUCCUGGCCAACGUCAGCUUCCUUGUGACCUCCUUGAUACAGGAUCUCACUCAGCAGCACCCAACCAUGUGCCUUGUCUUGGCGUUGGCCAAGCAUUUAUUCUACCUGGUCAUGUUCUUCUGGAUGUUUUCCCUGAGCAUGAUACUUCUCCAUCAGCUGAUGUUCGUAUUCUCUCCUGUGAUGAGAAAGACAUUCUUCUUCGUGUCCAUCUUCACUGGCUACAUCUGCCCCAUGGUGACUGUGUCAGUCACAUACAUGUAUUACCAUCUGACCCAUGAUGGCUCCUACUAUGACCCACACACGUGCUGGCUGAAGUACGACGCGGUGCUUCAAGGCUCGAUCCACGCGUUUCUGUUACCGGUGGGAGUCAUCAUUCUGAUAAACCUGUUCACCAUGGUGAAGGUGAUUGUGACACACCUGAGGCCCCAGGUUUCGGCAGGCACAGUGGAUGAGAGGGAGAUAGCGAAAAGCAUCCUCAAGGUGAUUGCAAUUCUGACCCCUGUCUUUGGCGUGUCUUGGGCCCUGGGAUUUUUAGUGUUCGUGUUGGAUGUCACUGAUGGAAUUUUACCAAAGAUGGUGUCCUAUGCUUUCACCAUCACAACCUCACUGCAGGGGCUCUUCAUUUUGCUGACUGGAAUACUAGGGGAGAUAAAGGUUCAAAAUGAAGUUUCGAAAUGUGUCAGUUGUGUGAAACCAGAGAGAAGUGAGAGCACAAGGAAUUGUACAUCAUCCAUCAAGAAGAAUUCAUCCCUGUUCUGACCAGGUUCGGAGGCGUUCCACAGUUGCAAUACAGCAAAGCAGGAGCUGAGUCAGCUUAAUUAGCAAGUUCAGCAGACACACUUUUCAAGUUAAAGAAAUUAUUUAUUUUUAAACUUAAAUUUAAUCAUUUAAUCAUUUACUCACAAUGUAGUUAUUGUACUGUAGCUUGAUGUGUACUUCCAUGUGUUUCCUAUUUGAAUAAAUUAAUGGACAACUUUA